UCGGGUAUGCCACGAUCGUGGCCCCGGUGUGACUCGGGUGAGCCGCGAUCGUGGCCCCGGUGUGACUCGGGUGAGCCGCGAUCGUGGCCAGUGAGUCAUGGCCCCGGGGUUCCAUCGCUCAUCGGCGCCGAGGGUGGAGCCGGCCAUGCGCAGGCUGGAUCGCCUCGUGCAUCGCCUUUACGUGUUCGCACACGGCCCCAAAUUCCACGAAAACAGAACAAACCUCAAGAAAACGAAAUAAAAAAAGUCGGGAUGACGAAACUCACCGUCUCGCACGUGCUCCCCGGCCUCAGAGACUCCAGCGCAUAGUGCAUACCGCCACGACCGGCCCUGUUGCAUUCGAGCUUCCGCUCCGAUGCACCAGGGCCUCCAUCCGUCGCCAUUGAUGGGCCCAUCCGCACCACGGAGCCGGGUGUCUGCUUCUCAUGCCUAGGCCCCCCGACCAGGCCAACCGAAGUCUUGAGGAGCGGACCGGAUCGAUCCGCAGUCCGGAGAAGUACUGAAUGGAGGGACUGGAGAAGCUAUGGGCCUUUUUUUGGAGGGAGGAGGUUUGGUUGCCGCGGAAUGCCACUUGGGAGGAGAUGAAGUCCGGGCCUGGGAGGGCGAUGCCGGAGUUUCAGCACCUUCUCUACGUCUUGCCGAUCUCCGUCUCGUUCCUGCUCUUUCGGGUCUUUCUGGAAGUGUAUGGAGUGGAUUUACUGGCGAAGGCGAUGGUGCCGAUGCUUGCCCCUGCUCCGGUGAAGUUGAAGGUGGAAAGACAUAUUAAUGGUGGAUCGCCAUCUGCUGGCGGGAAAUGGAUGCAAACGAAUGAGAAGGAUCGCACGGCACUCGAGAAGGCCCAACUCAAAUACCGGAAGAUAAAGGAGACAAUGUUUCGGCUCGUGACGUACAGUUUUCUCUUCCUCUAUGGGGCAUGGACGAUGGCAGACAAGCCCUGGCUCAGAGACACGCAUUUGUGCUUCGUCGAUCUCCCCUUCCAUACCCUGACGGAGGAUGUGUGGUGGUACUACAUGCUGGAGCUGGGAUUCUACAUCUGCCUGUUCCUCUCGCUGCCCUUCGACGCGAAGAGGAAGGACUUCCUGGCGCAGACGACACACCACGUGGUCACCAUCAGUCUCCUGGUGGGGUCCUGGACGGUCGGCGCCACGCGGGUCGGCUCCCUCGUCCUUCUAGUCCACGACUGCGCCCACGUCUUCCUUCAGUUGGCGAAGCUGUUGAUAUAUUGUAAGCAGCCUGAUGCGACCGUUCGCAAAGUCUUCUUGCUGUUCUGCGUUGCAUGGAUCUUCCCCCGCCUCAUAUAUUACCCCUUCUACGUCACCAUCCCGGCGACUCGAGGCCUACUCGGAUGGGAUAGAGCCCGUCACGGGGACUGCUUUAUCUCCCAUGCUCUCGUCGUGCUUCUAUGGUCCCUCUUGGGGCUUCACAUCUACUGGACUUACCUCAUCUUCCGCAUCAUCUACAACACUGCCGUUCAUAAGAAGGAUAUCAACGACAACCGGACCGAUGACGAAGAUUCCGACGGGGACCCGAAAGCGAACGAUAAGAAAUCUAAAUGAGAAGUGCGGCGGUUCCGUGGAGUUCGUCGUCGUUGCUUCUAGUCCUUCGUUGCAGCCUACCCGUUACGUAAAAGAGACAUUGGAUAAAAGCGAGAUGUGGUGGAGCAACUUGACAACCCACAAUGGCAUCAGGGAGAAAGUGAAGUCUACCCUGCGUUAUUCCAGUAACCAUCUCAUCCGUGGGGCUCUUCGUGCCCAUCACCGUUCACGUAGCUAGUCUUGGAACUUCAAAGAUCUGAUGUAUUCUUGAGACAAUCAAGUUUUUUUUCUUCACCUGUCUGGGUGGUGAGUGGUGAUAUUUACACAGGAUCUGACGUGAUAACUUGUGUCCCAAGAAAAAAGUGUAUUUAAUUACUUCUGAUAAUUCCUCAGAUAUGGAUGUGCCUUUAUUUUCCAGAUGUAACCAGCAAUUUUUACGAAUGAUGAAAGAGCUAUCAUGGUGGAUUUAUCAUGGGAGCGGAACAAAUAGUGACUGCUUUGAAGUUCUCCUUCCAGGGCUAUUUCUUUUGAUUCCAUAAGAUGUUUAAGGGGACUUAUUACAUAAUGGCUUCAUAACUGUAAUAUUGUUCUAGGAGUUCCUUUGGAAUUGCUCUCUGAAGUUGUCAAUCUGGGUUAAUAAGGACGCAUUGGAGC